CAGACCGAGCCUCGCGGCAGCGACAGCAACAGCAACAGGCGGCGGGCUCGGCGGGAGGCGGAGGCGGCGAAGGGGCGGGGAGAUCGAGGAGGAGCGAGCCGGCCCCGCGCCGCCGCCUGUUCCCCGCCGCAUGGACGAGCACCUCAGCCUCCUGCGCUCGCCGCCGCCGCCGCCCUCCGCCCGCCACCGCGCCCACCCGCCGCAGCACCCCGCGAGCGGCGACGGCGGCGGCGGCGGCGGCGCCCACACGCUGGUGAACCCCGGCUACGCAGAGCCCGCCGCGGGCCCCGAGCUGCCGCCGGACAUGACGGUGGUGCCCGGGGACCACCUGCUGGAGCCGGAGGCGACCGACGGCGGGGGUGACCCGCCUCAGGGCGGCUGCGGUGGCGGCGGCGGCUGCGACCGCUACGAGCCGCUGCCACCCGCGCUGCCCGCCGCCGGCGAGCAGGACUGCUGCGGGGAGCGCGUGGUCAUCAACAUCUCGGGGCUGCGCUUCGAGACGCAGCUCAAGACCCUCUGCCAGUUCCCGGAGACUCUGCUGGGCGACCCCAAGCGGCGCAUGAGGUACUUCGACCCGCUCCGCAAUGAGUACUUUUUCGACCGCAACCGGCCCAGCUUCGACGCCAUCCUCUACUACUAUCAGUCCGGGGGCCGAAUCCGCCGGCCGGUCAAUGUGCCCAUCGACAUCUUCUCCGAGGAGAUCCGCUUCUACCAGCUGGGCGAGGAGGCCAUGGAGAAGUUCCGCGAGGACGAGGGCUUCCUGCGGGAGGAGGAGCGGCCCCUGCCCCGCCGAGAUUUCCAGCGCCAGGUGUGGCUGCUCUUCGAGUACCCGGAGAGCUCCGGGCCGGCCCGGGGCAUCGCCAUCGUGUCCGUGCUCGUCAUCCUCAUCUCCAUCGUCAUCUUCUGCCUGGAGACGCUGCCCGAGUUCCGCGAUGAGAAGUACUACACCGCCUCGCCGUCGCAGGAGCUGUUCGAGACGGCCAGCAACAGCACGUCGGGGGCUCCCGCGGGAGCCUCCAGCUUCUCGGAUCCCUUCUUCGUGGUGGAGACUCUGUGCAUCAUCUGGUUCUCCUUUGAGCUGCUGGUGCGGUUCUUCGCUUGCCCCAGCAAAGCCACCUUCUCGCGAAAUAUCAUGAACCUGAUAGACAUUGUGGCCAUCAUCCCUUAUUUCAUCACUCUGGGCACCGAGCUGGCUGAGCGACAAGGCAAUGGACAGCAAGCCAUGUCCCUGGCCAUCCUGAGAGUCAUCCGCCUGGUGAGGGUCUUCCGCAUCUUCAAGCUCUCCCGCCACUCCAAGGGGCUGCAGAUCCUGGGGCAGACGCUGAAGGCUUCCAUGCGGGAGCUGGGGCUGCUCAUUUUUUUCCUUUUUAUUGGGGUCAUCCUUUUCUCCAGCGCGGUUUAUUUUGCGGAGGCAGACGACCCCACUUCAGGUUUUAGCAGUAUCCCUGAUGCCUUCUGGUGGGCUGUGGUAACCAUGACGACCGUAGGUUACGGUGACAUGCACCCAGUGACCAUAGGGGGCAAGAUUGUGGGGUCACUCUGUGCCAUCGCUGGUGUCUUGACCAUUGCUUUGCCAGUCCCUGUGAUUGUUUCCAACUUCAAUUACUUCUACCACCGGGAGACAGAAGGGGAAGAGCAAGCCCAGUACCUGCACGUGGGAAGUUGCCAGCACCUCUCCCCUUCAGCCGAGGAGCUCCGGAAAGCGAGGAGUAACUCGACUCUAAGUAAGUCGGAGUAUAUGGUGAUCGAAGAGGGGGAUAUGAACCAUAGCGCUUUCCCCCAGACCCCCUUCAAAACGGGCAAUUCCACGGCCACCUGCACCACGAACAAUAAUCCCAACUCCUGUGUCAACAUCAAAAAGAUAUUUACCGAUGUUUAAUAUAUGAAACAAGUGACAUGCUGUGCCCAGUAUUGUGUGGAACGUGCCCCCUUGGUCUGUGUAUGUCCUUGUUUUAUACAUUUCCAGACCAUUCAUCAAGGAAAGGACAUGAAGAAGUGGAAAGCACACUUCAUUCUCUCUCUCCCUACUGCUUCAUACUGAAACAGGUGUCUGUUUUGCAAGUGGGCUGCAUUCUCUCAGCUCUCCUUUUUUUCUCUCUCUCCCUCUCUUAAUAUUUCGAACAACAAACUUACUUUAAACUUGAUUUUUAGCACAUGCUCUGUAAAAAAAAAAAAAAAGACAAAAAAAGAAAACCAAACAAAAAAAACUACAUCCUGGAAGGAAAUGAAACUAAAGAACAGAGUAACUGUCUAACCUCAGAAUCCAAAGGCAGCUGUUUCUUUACUAAGUAAAGCAGGCACAUACUUAAAGGAUGCUUCGGUUUGAUGGACCCAUCAACAUUAUUGAAUAUUUAGUUCAAUUGCCAACACUGUGGAUAGGUGGAUGAAAAGUCUAUUUAGAACAAUGACUUGUAAACCCACCGUAAGUUUAUUUGUUUGCAACUGGAAUUUCUAUGUGGAAGCCCCCCUCCCGGAAUUUUAAGGAUCUCUACAACUUUGAACUAAGGGAAAUGCCCAAGAUGUCCCGAUCUGACUAAUUAGUUUAACUCUUUGGGGCUUGUUAAGCAUUUCGAAAGUAUUAGACUAAGAGAUUCCUAUGAAAUUCUGUAUUCAUUCUAGCUAACAUCUAUCAAAGUCUAGAAACAGAUGUUUUCAGUGCUGCUGAGAGAAACAAAAAAAUUUCCUAAUGCAUCUGAGAGAUAAGCUUCUGCAGUAUCACAAGAAGAUUAAAGUGGCAGACACUCCUUCCAGCAGAAGUUACUAAUUCGGACCUGACUGAUGCAGUUCCCAUAGCAACCCAUGUUUCCCGGGAAACCCGAAAAGGUUGUCAUGGCAUCUCUUGCUCUCUAGCCCCACCCCCUAGCCCCUGCUGUUUCCACAGUAACCUUUCCAGAUGGUUCCUACUUACAUGAUUUCACAAGGAAAACCACUGUUUGAAUAAACCGCACAAGUAAAGUCUGAGAAUCCAAAGUGGUGAAAUGAAUCACAAAAUGCAUAUUUUUACUACAGAAAAUCACUGAUGUCAUCCCAUAUUGACUGAAUUGAAAAGGAAAAUAUCGUCAUUGGAAUGUUAAAUAUACACUACAGUAGCCAUGAUUUGAAUGAAAUGCCAGUAAUUAGGCAAUCAUUUUAAAAGAUGCUUCUCUACUGUUUUCCCAAGAAGCCAACAAAUGAAGUUAAAAAGCAAAUGUCAAAGUGUUCUGCACAUAAGCAAGUGAAAGAUUCAGUCAAUAUACCUGAAACCUUACUACAAGGGACCUUCAGACUUCCUCUUUAAAAACAUUAUCCAGAUCCCACAACAACAGUGUCACCAUCACAGCCCUUGAAAAACUAAAUAUACUUGAAAAAUAUAAAGGAUGCACACUUUUAACUGAGGGAAUUGCAGACAAUCAAUAAGAAGGAGGAACAGGAAGUAACCAAACCUUGGGGAAGUACUUGCAAGUUUCAGCCAUGUGCCAGGGAUGGCCAGAAGACAGCAUCAGUAGUUACGAGUUCUUUCUACCUCUCAACUGUGAAUAGAAGUGAUAGCCCCUCCCACUAAGAAAUGCAGAGAAGCACAUGUGCCCCUGAGUCUGAAGACUUACAGAGACACUGUGAGAUAGAGAUACCUGAAGAGCCCUACGUAAAGAACUGUAGAGCUGCACUGACCAGUAGGAUGCUCUUUUUAAAUUGCUUAGAUCAAGAAUACAGUGUUGGUUAUAUUGCUGAUGGACAGUGAUCUGUCUGCCAGCACAUACUUUUGUUUCAGUUGACAUUAAAUAACAUGUCUCUAAGAAAUGCUUCAUAUACAAGAAACAGCUCUGAACCUGGAGGAUUCUCUUCAAAUUGUGUGCAAUAUAAAAGAUAUUGACCAAGAAAUAAAGAAGAACAUUAAAAAUAAUAAAGUAUCAUUUCAACCUUUUGACAUUUUGAUGAUAUUUAAUCAUCCAAAAACUAAUCACUACUGCUAAUAAAGAAAACCUAAAUGUUUGUUUCUAACAAGGCAACUUAUUACACUGUUUUCUUCUUUCAUUUAAUUACUGGACUACGUUUAAUCAUGAUGUAUAUUAAUGUUAUCUUCUCUGUUCUGAUUUAUGUGCAACUUUAUUUGUGAACGUGUGUUUUGUACCAAAGCCUCUCAUACAUAAAUUAGCCCGUUUAUAUGUAAAUAAGCGAAGUCUACACUGUGCCCAGAUGAAUGGUAUUAAAGACAGACUUGCCUAAAAGAAAUGUGCCUUGCUUGAUUAAACAUUCUUUUAUUUUUUGAUUCAAAAUGAUAGAUUUGCAAAUUAGUCUUGUAGGUAGGUUUUAGCAGAGCUUAACUUUAAAAAAUAUAGUAGUACUUAUUAUAUGUUUAAGUUGUCUAUCUUAACUAAAAUUUUAACAUUUAGUUAUACCUUUCAACAGUUCAUAUAUAAUAUACUAAUUUAAUUUAGUUUUCAUAUGAUGUUUGGUGUGGUGAGACAAAGCACAUUCUUAAAGAUAUAUACAAUAUUUCAUCUAAUGUUUUAAGAAUUUCUUUAAAAAUUGUAUCUGUAAAAGUUUUCUUGACUCAUUUUCUAUUUUUAUAUUCUUUUAGAAAUGGAACUUUUUUCAGUUAAAAAGAAAAGCAAAGUUUUAUUUGUAAAAGAGAUUUAGGAGAUCAUGAAAAUGGUUUCCCAUUUGGGGACAUUUCACUUCUGUGCCAUUAUUAAUGUAUUUACUGUGACAUUUCAGCAGAAUGGUAGCUAUUUGCAUAUUAUUUAAUAAGCCUUAUGGAAAGUUAAACUGUGAACAUUUAAUAUAAAGAAGACUUUUCAUUUCCAUAUUUCAUUUUCAAAAUAUACCUGAACAAAUGUGUAAAACUCCAACCUCCUGCUAUUUAAAUGCAUAACAAUGCUAAGUUAUAAUACGAGUACUUGUAUAAUUUCAAUUACUAUCAAAAUAUUGUUGUAGGAAAGCCAAAAUUAUAACACUUUUUGAUGUCCUGUAGAAGGAAAUGCAGGUGAUGAAUUUCACUGUUAACAUAUAAGAAUCAGUAACUGAAACAAUCUUAUACCUACUAGCAGCGAAACAGACAGGAGAUACAAUCCAGGUAACUUUCUUUGAGGCAACGUCUACAAUGGAUUUUGCACAAUCUGCUGGAAAUUUCUCUGGUCAAAACUUUGAGACCAGAUCACUCUAGGAAAAAAGGAAGUAAAAAAAAAUGACAGCUGUCUCAGAUUUGAGCUAUGUGAACCUCCAAUCUGGAUAAUUUGUGAUUAAAGUGAAAAUAUAGCCACCACAGUGUUUUUGCUCUGUGUUAGCCUGUGUAGUAGAGACACUGGCCCAGAGAAUAGUCCAUUUCCAGCCACCUUAAUACUCGUAACUGAUGAUCACAGCCUGGUCACAUCAGCUAUUGGGAUGAUUGAAACAAACCAAACAACUGUCCUAAUAGGAGGUCUUAGAACAUGCAGAUGUUUUAGUAAGGAUCAGUAGGUGUUACCAAAAUAGACACAAGAGCUACCUUUAUAAAAUACCAAUGACACAACCUUAAGCAUUAUAGUAUGUUUAAUAUCAUAUCCACAUUAUUAUUAUAGGCUACAGUUUCAAAUAAAGACAAAAUCUGGGGCUUCCCUGGUGGCGCAGUGGUUGAGAGUCCGCCUGCCGAUGCAGGGGACGAUGAGAGGCCCGCGUACCGCAAAAAAAAAAAAAAGACAAAAUCUGGACUUUGCAAUAAAACACAGUAUGGUACCAGAUGAAGAAACUGUCAUAUCAAGUAUGGUUCACCAAAUGCGUAGUAAAAAUAGUAUUAUUCUAGAUAUCAGGAAACCAGAAUUCUUACCUACUUUCUGCCUGUGGGACCCUAGAUAAGUCACUUACCACUGCUAGGCUUCAGUUUCCUAAUUGCAAAAUGAAUGUUCUGGGUUACUCUCCAAAGCCCUUUCCAGCCCUCAAAUUCUCAUUAUAUGCAUUUGAAAAGGCUUUGAAGCAUACUUAAGUACUCAGAUUUUUUAUGAAUUUCUGAAGGAAUGAAUAAAUUGAAAUAAGAUUUAAGUCUUGAAAGUGUCAUAAAUAUAUCAUUCUUCAAAUUGCUUGUGAGAGAGAAUAUGGGAUUUUUUUCUCCUCUGAGAAUUGUCACUGGUCUAUAAAUGGAAUCAUGAAAAAGUAGAAAAAAUCACUCUCCGGAAUGGAAACAGAUUAAUGUAUUACCUGAAAAGGAGGGGAGGUUAGUUUUUUUAAUUUAAUUUGAUGUUAAGGUGAUUUGAAAUCAUAUAUGAAAUGCUAAAACUAUAGCAGAGCUUUAUCAUACUCAACAUUAUAAUCCUGGGAGUAGGAGAAGGUAGGAAGAGGUUAGAGGGAUAGGAGUGUUUGCCUUAUGAUCUCUUGAUUAUUUCCGCAUAAGCCACAGUUUGGUAGAGCAGGUGCCUCUGUGCUUUCAUACUGGCUUUACCAAUAACUCUCAUGUGCCCUAGGAAAGUCCCUCUAACGUCACUGAGCCCCAGUUCCUUUUAGUAGUCUGUAUGCUUCUUUACAUCUUUGAAAAUUCUGUAUUGUUUUCAGAUGGUUGUAAUAUACAUGUUCAUGUCCAUGUCGCUCCCCUCCAGUCACUUAGAUGCCACAUCUCUACUCAUGUGACUGAACAGACUGCAAAUCCAAACAUUCAUGUUUCCAAUGUUUGCUAAUUGACUUCAGCAAGAUGUAAAACAUGGAAAUAUUUUUAUUUUGACCACGGUUUAAUUAUUAUGAUUUAUCAUUUCAUCUUUGAAUGUUGUUAAUUGUCUAAAUGAAACGUCUGCUCAAGUGAACCUUUUUUAAAAAUGUUGUAGUUGAAUAAACACUUAGCAAAUCAAAAUUAAGUAUAUUAUGUUUCCCAGUGAACUGUAGCUGAUUGUAAGGUGCAUUUUUGUCACAUUUAAAAGUUAAUACCUUUUUGCCCCAGAAACAAUGGCUAUGAAUUAAAAUAAUAUUCACAGAAUUUUGUAAAUUUUUGUGAAUACAAAAGAGGCUUGAUAGAGCCACAUUGUAAUUAAUUUUGCUCAGGAGUGAGAAACAAAAUUCAGGGAUAACCCAAACACUUCUGUUUGGCUUUAGUGGACAGUUGGGAAGACGAAAGGUUAUAGGUUUUGUACAACAUAGGUAAAAUGCCCAUAGGCAAUUAUACCCAUUGUAAAAGAAGAGUAUAUUCUGGUUGCUGGUUUAUGGUAGAAAGAGAUUAGUAUAGAAAGAUGCUAAAAUAUGGACACUAGAGAAAUUGUUAAAAUGAUAGUCCAUUUGAAUAAUACAGAAAUAUUUUGUCAUACUGAGAUUAUCUGUCCAGAAGUAUAGUCUUAUAUCCUUCCAUUCAGAAAAGGGGGCAGUUUUUAAAAACCUCUAUCAUAAUAGGAAAUGUAUGUUUUGACUAGUGGAGCAAUUCAUUAAAACAUUUAAUCUGGUAAUUUUGGUUAUGUGAAUCUGAAUUUUCACUUUAGGUGUAAUUAAGUCUCUUAAUGUAUUAGUGUUAGUGAUCUUUGUAAGAAGUAAUUUAGCUAUUUUUUUUACAGUUGAUGAAAUUUGCUAAAUGGUGAUUCUAGCAUAUUGUGUUAAUAGUGUAUCUUACAACAAUUUGUGAACUGACCAUAUGAAAACAAAACAUAGUAGUAUCUCUUCCGGUAAAUUGUUUCCAUGGUGUGAUCUCUUAAUACCAGGUUUGGGGUGGGGAGGUUAAGUAUUUAGUUUACGUAAAACUAACUGUCAAACUGUUUUUCCUAAAUGCCAUGAAAGUGUAUGAUUAUAAACAAAAUAGGAAUAUCCUAUUAAGGACACUGUAUAGACCAUUUUUGAAAUGAUAUAAUUUCUGUUAAAAAGUUUCUACACAUAUGAGGGAAAGCAAGCAGUGUGUGUAGUAUUUCUAUGUAAUAUGCUAAAUGUUUUAGAAUCCAUUUUUGAAAUCUUAUGCAGAUAGAAAGUAUGCACAUAUCAGAAAAACAAAUACAACUACAACACUUCAGUUUUUUCAGAGAUGUCUUGCAUUUGUUUAUUAUCUCAUACUUUUCAAAGAUCAUUAACAUAUCUUAUUUAAUCUUAAAAUAUCCUUAUGAAGUAAUAAUACUAUCUGAAGUUUAGAGAUUAAACAACCAAGAUUUAGAAAGAUUAUGACUUGUCCAAGAUCAUAUGGCAGCAAAUGACUUUAAAUCUCAUGUUCUUUACACUUUUCAUUCUCUGUCAAGUUAUUUUUUUUUCUACCACUGCCAUGAUCUUUAACUUUGACUAAAAUUUAAUUCUAAAUGAUACAUUGGGAAAUUUCAGGUCUAAGCUACAAGGCAUGGUUGCUGUUAUUGUCAGACCUUUUUAGAUACUUCCAAAAUAUAGUCCUCCCUCAGGUAGAGAGCCAAACAUUUUCCAUCUAAAACAUACUAAGUCCCCUCACUCUGACCAUAGGCAUUAAAUCAGUAUGAUGUCAAAAAUCUAGACUGACAGAUUAUCUUCUCCACUGGUCUCCUUUCUAAUUUCCUUUUAAAAAAGUCCAUCACAAUGACUGAUUUCUGAACAGUUGAAAGAAGCAAUAAUCAACCUAAGAAACCACAAACAUUCUCAUUCAAAGAAAACAUACUGUGAGACCCACCAUAUUAGCCAUUUUUCAGCCUAUUGUUUUUCAUCACAUGUAUUCUGUGAUUAGGGGAGGACAGGGAAUGGGGAGUGGGUAGAAAAACUGCCUUUAUUUUAAGAAAACUCAUUAUUUCCUGUAACUAUUCAAAAAGAAUUGGUAUCAAGUAUUAGAUAACAGGAUUAUUAACAUUUAGCCAUAGUUCAAAUAUGUGGUAAAGUUGAUGCACAUAUUUAAAAAUCCACUUAAGUAAUUUCCUGGAUAAAAUUAAAAUCUGAUGACCGCUCAGUUUGAAUAUGGAGAACAUUCAUGUGUUAAUCCAUGACAUAAUAUUACAUUUUAAUUCUUUUCUCAAACAACAGAGAGACACUGUAAUUGCUUUCCCUUGUGAAUCAAUAGUCUGUGAUACAUUCUGUACUUUUACUGACUAGCAACACAGUGUUACUGUAAACAAUUAAAUCGAACAUAAGCUAUAGGAUAUCAGAAUUUAAAAUUUUGUAUCCUUAAAUGUAGUUCUCUUCAUCAGAUAAGUCAAACAAGUAUUAUUUUGUAUGGAAUGAAAUAAUAAUCAUUCUUAAACAAUGACAUAAUAAAUAAUGGAACUCUGAAUAAAGUGUAAAAUCAAACCAUAUUUUGUAUUUUUCUAUAUUUGUCUUCCUUUGACAUUGAAUUAUGUUAAUUUAUCACAUAUUAAUGUAGAGUUAAAAUAAG